AGAGAUUGAGAUAGAAAACACAUGUUCCUCCCCGGCAGCUGGAUCACAUUAUAGAACCUUCUCCUAUAUAAUCUCUAUUAACCCCUGAUGUGCCAGCGUGACGCCCCCCAGUAUUGUAAAUGUCAGAUCUGCUGGAAACUGUUCCUUAUAAUCCGAGGACGCGUACGAUAAUAGAACCGCGCAUUAUAUCUUCCACCCAAACCAGUGUUUACCAACCAGGGGGCCGCCAAAUGGUGCCGUUGGCUUUCUGGACAUGCUGGGAGUUGUAGUUUUAUAGCAUCAGGAAGCAGCUAAUUGGAAAACAUUGCCCUGAACAGAGGCUCUUGGGCUGCGUUCACACUAGAGCUGAGAAAAAAACGAAAAGCUGAGAAAAAUGCGCCAGGAAACCAAAAAACGCCAAAACAUCAUUCUAACCGCAUGGGCUGAAAACCCAGCGGCCGGAUGUUAGCAGAGAUCCAAUAGGGAAUAGUGAACUGACAAACCCCUUUAUUCUUUAUUUAACUAUUUUAAUAAUAUUUCUGCAUUUCUUUUUGACAGCAUACAGGGGACAGAAGGCAGUAAACUUCAGAAGGAUCUCCGGACGUAUCUGGCGUCAGUGAAAGCGAUGCACGAAUCCUCCAAGCGUCUGACCGAAUGUCUGCAGGAGAUCUACGAGCCGGACUGGCCCGGGCGAGACGAGACCAAUAGGAUCGCAGAGAACAAUGACCUGUUAUGGACGGAUUAUCACCAGAAGCUUGUGGACCAGGCCCUGCUAACAAUGGACACCUAUCUGGGCCAGUUCCCUGACAUCAAGUCGCGCAUUGCAAAACGAGGGAGGAAACUCGUAGAUUUUGACAGUGCAAGACAUCACUUUGAAUCUCUACAAAACGCAAAGAAAAAGGAUGAUACAAAGAUCGCCAAGCCCGUGUCAUUGCUUGAGAAAGCCGCACCGCAGUGGUGCCAGGGGAAAAUCCAGGCACAUCUGGUUGCCCAGACUAACCUACUCCGAAACCAGGCUGAAGAAGAGCUGCAGAAGUCCCAGAAAGUGUUUGAGGAGAUGAAUAUCGACCUACAGGAGGAGCUGCCUUCAUUGUGGAAUAGCCGUGUUGGUUUCUACGUCAACACAUUCCAGAGUAUCGCUGGGCUGGAGGAGAACUUCCAUAAAGAGAUGAGUAAGCUGCAUCAAAACCUGAAUGACGUCAUGAAGACACUGGAGACUCAGGAGGGAAAACCUUCUACGAACGCGGUCACUGUGAAAGCCCAGCCGAGUGACUCCAGCGCGGCAAAGGCGAAUAAGACCCCAUCAUCCCCUCCCGAUGGACCUCCUGCUGCAAGUACAGAGCCCAAGACCACCAACCAUGACGACUCCGAGGAGCCCCCCGCUGCCGCCUGCUUCCUGGCAGACACUCCGUCCGUGGUUGUGUCCAAAUCACCUUCUCAGCUGAGGAGAGGCCCUCCGGUCCCGCCACCUCCAAAACAUACGCCCUCCAAGGAUAUCAAGCAGGAGAAUAUCAUCGGUCUGUUUGAUGACAAUUUUGUGCCCGAGAUAAGUGUGACCACCCCCUCACAGUUUGAGGCUGUGUGGCCCCAAGCAGAGGCGCCAAGUUUGUUGGAUUUCGACUUUGAUCCCCUCAAACCUGAGUCCAGUUCGAGUGCAGCCCCAGCAGGUUCUGCCCAGCCUCUGUCAUGGGACUUGUGGGAGUCUGAACAGAAUCCACCUGGUGGCUCGGACCAGAGCGAUAACAAUGCCGAUGCCUCCUUUGUAGUUGACUGGUCCAGUCAUUCUAGUGAGUUUGACCAACCUUCAGAACCGGCUCCGGACACAACACCUAAAAAAGAAGCCGAGGUUAAACCGGUGACAGCCGAGAGCGAUUCUAAUCAGUCCAGCUCCUUACCGGCCGUUGUGGUUGAGACGUUCCCAGCGACCACCGUGAAUGGUACAGUAGAGAGCGCACCGCCAAAGGCCAACCUGCCACCAGGAUUUCUCUACAGGGUUCGGGCCCAACAUGACUACGGAGCCACCGAUAGCGAUGAACUAGAGUUGAAAUCUGGAGAUAUUGUUCUAGUAACUCAUUUUGACAACCCGGAUGAGCAGGAUGAAGGUUGGCUGAUGGGAAUUAAGGAGUCCGAUUGGCUUCAGAAUAAGGACUUCGAACAACACAAAGGAGUCUUCCCAGAAAACUUUACCGAGAAAUACCAGUGAGGGGGAGAGUUGCCCUUUACCUCGGGGAUAUGAUGCAAAUUUUCUGUGAAAAUUAUCAAACCACGUCUACCCUAUGAACAGUUAACCCUACGAGUGUCAACUUUCAAGGUUCCGUUCAAUAAUAGACGCAAGUAAUAGUCAAUAGAUUCAGUUCCUGGAAUGCUACCAAGUUGUAUGUUUGUGCCCCAUUCCCACGGGCGGACGAGGUUCUAGGCCCAUCGUCCGUCUGUUACGGGUUGAUUGGUGUCGGAGUGCCCCCCCCCCCCAUCAUGUUAUUGGAUCCCAGAUUGGGCGAGGAGCCAGCCAUUGUGUGUCCAACCAUCAUCAGUCUACAAGGCCUAUUCCUUGUUCAAGAUGGCCGCUUCCAUUGUGUGUAGCCCCAUUCAGACCUGUUAUUGGGGGACGGCCAUUACUUUCGUAUGUAGGGUGCCCUGCUAUUGGUGUCAUGAGCGAGCCCCGAGUAUGUAGGGUGCCCUGCUAUUGGUGUCAUGAGCCUCGGACCUCCAAACUAUUAUCAUGUCCAUAGCAACAAUGGCGCCCAUCGGUCUCUGGGCAAGAGCUGGAUAUAAUUGGGGUCACCUUGGUGUUGUGUUGGGGUUCCACCACCUAUGUCUGCUCUUACGCCCUCCACUUACUAAACCCGUCAAAUAUUUGGACAGCUCUGCAUCGGAUUAUAAGGCAGGUUUUGUUUUUUGUUUUUUUUAACCUUUUUGGGUUGUGCCCAACGAUGUAUGUUCUUGGGGCUCCUCCUCUGCCUCAUUGUAUAAUAAAGCCUCUCUGCAGAGAAGUAAUGGCGCGUACAUGUAGCUUCCCAUAUUUAAUAUGAUUUAGGUGGCCUACCAGCCAUGUCUGGAUCAGUCACAUCAGUGUUUUUAAAGGGGUACUCCUGUGGAAAACUUUUUUUUUUUUUUUUU